GAGAACCGCAGGGGUUUCUAGGGAGCUGCGGGUGCCCAGGGGACCCCCAGGUCCUUGCGGGGAGCGGCGCGCAGCCCCCCGUGAGCACUCGGACGGCUCUGUCCCCUCUCCCGCAGCCCGAGCAUGCUGCUGAAGGCCGCGCUGCUGCUCUCGCUGCUGGCCGCCUGCCCAGUGCCCCCGGCCGAGGCGGCGCAGAGCGGGCUCUGGCGGUACCUGAGCCAGCUGACGGGGGACAAGGACAGCCUGGAGCGCGGCCACAGCAAGCUGGGCAGUGACAGCACGAACCUGAAGGAGAGCGUUCAGGAUGGGCUCAGCUCCGUGGGGGGAUUCCUGGAGAAGCUGUCCCCGCUGGGCAGGGGCCUGCAGCCCCCCCGGCUGGGGGAGGACCCGGGCAGCCUGCGCAAGGCCCUCCGCAGGGAGCUGGACAGCCUCCGCCUGCAGCUGUCCCCGUACGUGGACGAGGUGCACCAGCAGGUCGGCAGGCAGCUGGACGAGCUGCGGCAGCAGCUGCGGCCGCUCACGGAGGAGCUGCUGGACCAGGUGUCCCUGCGGGCCCGGGAGCUGCGGCGGCACCUGGUGCCCAGCCGGGAGGUGGCCGCGCAGCUCCUGGGCGGCGCCGACGAGCUGCAGCGCUUCGCGGCUCACUACGGCGACAAGAUCGCCUUCCACACGGAGCAGGUGAAGGACAUCUUCCAGCCGUACGCCGAGCGGCUGCUGAGCGAGAUCCACCGCAACGUGCAGGAGCUGCACCGCGGCGUGGCCCCGCACGCCCGCGCCAGCCCCGAGCAGCUCAACCGGCACAUCCAGGAGCUGUCGGCCAAGCUGGCCCGCAACGCGCGGGACCUGCACCGGCAGAUCCAGCGGAACCUGGAGCAGCUCAAGGCCAAGCUGAGCCUGUACCCCGGCGGGGCCGCGGCUGCCCCGGGCCGCUCCCGGGAGGCGCUGGCGCGGGAGGUGCAGCGGCGCGUGGAGGAGUUCCGGCGGGACACGUACGCGCAGAUCCAGGCCUUCACCCGGGCGCUGGACCAGGAGACCGAGCAGAUGCGGCUGAAGCUCAGCGCCCGCCCGGAGCCGCCGGAGGGGCCGCUGGACGCGCCGCCGCCGCCCGUGGAGGAUCUGCGCGCCCGGCUGGACGCGCUGUGGCGGGAGCUGGCGCUGAGCCUGAGCGAGCGGGGCGGGGAGGGUCCCGGGGAAGGUCCCGAGGGGGAUCCCGGGGAAGGUGGCGGGGAGGAUCCCAAGGCGGACCCCGGGCGGCUCCGGCGCUGA